CGCUCAAAAUGCCUUUGACUGCCAUUGACGACAGUAGACGUCCAUGGACAGGAUAAAAAAAGCAUUAUUAUGUGAAUCAGAAUCAUAUUUCGAGACGAUUCGACUAUCAAAAAUUACGAAAAAUUCUGAAUCCUGCCUCCAAAGUGGAAGAAUCCGAUUGAGGGGGGCUUCCUCGGCAUGCAUUUAAAAGGCUCCCGCGGCGCGUGACCGCGCCAAUAACGUCAUCACUCGUACACGUCACAUUAGGCGUGCGCAGCGGUGCUACUAAACAUUAAAAACGGCAAAUAUGGCGGAAUGUCUGCUUUAAUUUACUGUUUUAAUCAUAUUUUUUAAUUAAAUAUGUUGAAUGUUUCCAUUUUUGUGCCUUUUUGAACAAAAGAAAAACGCCAUUGCUUUGAGUGGGCGGGCAUAUUUUUUUCCAGGCCGACGGAGCUUGGUGGGGUCAAAGUGCAUCAUUCUCUGUCACCCUGUAAAUCUGCACUGCCCCCUAGGGCCUGGCAUGAACACUACAUAGUUUUCAUGCGGAAUUGCGACAUUGUUCGAAUGGAGAUGCAAAUGCAAAUGUGAAAUUUUUCGUAUUCUCGGAGAGAAUGUAAACGGCCCCUUCGUCUUUUAAUCUGACGUUUAGCCACGCCUACCGUUAUAGCGCUCUAGUUUCCCCAACAGGAGGAUGACGUUGGCAGGGUCAUGAGUUCAUCUGAUUUAGAAUUCGGCCCAUUGAGGGGGAAUUAUUCAGAAUGAGGAAAAUGCGACAAAGACAGCAGGAAAGUAUCAUUGUUUCAAUCUCUCUGCUCCAAUAUUUUUACAGGAUAUCAUUUUUCCCCCAAGUAUUUUUUCACAACUGCUAAAUAAAUGGUAUGGUCAUGACAAAUAAGUCUUGUGCUAAAUGGAAUAUGAAAUAUUAAACAUGUAUUUAUUCAGGAAGACAUGGCAAAAUUACUCCAUAACUGUUGAGUUCUUGGCACAUCCCCACAAUAUUUUAUGCCACCGGAGUCAGUCCGGCUUAUGUCAUUUCCCUGCUCCGGCUUUGGAGACCGUAAACAAACUAUUAAACAUGUUAACCCGAACCGAGUGACGUAUCAGUCUUAUUUUCACUUUUUGAAGCGAAAAAAACACACAAAACUAACCCGGAACAUUUCACACGGCGGCAGGGUUGUCGAUUGUCUUUGCCGAUCGGCAACCCGCCCGGCGGCAAGCAAGUUACAGUUCGUUGUUCCCAUGUUGCGGGCAGGAAAGCUGGUUUGCCGGGGAAGCAGCUGGAGAAUGACCGUCGGACAAACCAGCCGAUGUCGGAGGAGCGCGUAGCUGCCACUUGGUCAAAAUGAAUAUGGUGUAAAUUAAUGCUUAAAAACACGGCGAAGACAUAAACAGUGAGAGAGCGGCGUGCAGUUGUUGUGUGCAGCAAACAAGGCAGGAUGUGUCUGAGGAGAACUUUUCUACAUUUCCGUCCAUGAUCAAACAAAAGUAAAUAUUCCUUUAUUUAACCCGUGGGUGUUAUUUGUCCAUUUUUUGGCUUUUUUCGUUUUUUUCUGUGUUUAAAAGGAAAAAAAGCAUAUGAAAAAAUACACUAGGGAGCUGAUAUUUCCUGCAGGAUACUAAAUCAUGUAGAAGUUUGAAAUGGCACCAUCCGGGAAUUUCUAACUUAUUGCAAACAGGCUGGGAAGAUUUGCACUAAACUCUUGUUAUUUUGCCAUUUUUUGGCUCAUUGACUCCCAUUAUAAAUCAUGAUUUUUGAUAUGCUGUAAACCUGAUGUGUUAUCAUGCAUUUUCCGUGAUUAUUGAUGCAAUCGCUUCUUUGGCGAGUCAAAAACAUGCAAAAAGAGGAAUUUGUGUGUUGUCACCCAAAAGUCACUAGUUGGAGCCAUAGGCCAAUACAUGAAUUUGCUUGCGAAACUCAAUACAGAUUUGUAAAAAAAUAAUGCGAUAAAAACGGUUCGCAUUACAAAAAAAUUGGUGUUUAUGUGUCUGAGCUCACUUUCAGUCUAUUUGGGCAUGCAUAUUUGCAAUUUUGCACGUGUGCACGAGACAAUAAACCGGUACUUCCCGGAAAUGCAAAAAAAAAAACCAAAACAAAAAAACGUGUUUAUUGUUGGCGUUUGAAUUUCAACUCUUAUUGGUUGGGUGUUUGAAUUUCUUUACUCUCAUUGGUUCUGGGCAUUUUUGGAGUCUUUGUUCUCGCGAGGAUCACCAUUUUGCAUUUCUUCCAACACAACUGUGAUCGAUGGCGGCGAGAAGUAUUUCACUGCAGAACACGAUUCGGAUGGUGUUAGAAAAUCCUGAUUCCGACGACGACCUUCGUUCGGACGCUUCUUCGGAGAGCCCAGAAGACAUUGAAGAAAUUCUUCCGGACUUUCGAUGCCGGAGGAGGACGACUUUGAUGACGAGAAAUGGGAAAUGGUUGACAACAUAAUGACGUAGAUGAAAGCGGGGAGCAGAAGGCGGGGGCACGGACUUUACCACGUUGAGGCGAAUGACGAAAAUGACGGCGAUCGAGGCGAUGACGAAAGCCUGUGCCACAUACUCCUGCCGCCGGUGCGCACUCAGGUGGCCAAUGUGUGAGUUUUUUCACAUGCUGGACAUUUUGUCCUUCAGCGCAUUUGUGCUGUUCACGGAGAUCUACCCUGAGUGGAACGUGAAGAAAAGCUACAAGCGCCGACUAUUUCUUGAGGAACUUGGCAAGGCUCUAAUUCGGCCAGAAGUUCUAAAACGGGAACCACCGCCUUUUGCCGAAGGCUUGGGAGAGCAGCGAGCUGGACCCCCGUCCAAGCGCAAACAAUGUGGCCUUUGCGCAAAGCCACUUCGGGCUUCGAACAUAAUAAUAAAUAAUAAUACAUUUUAUUUAUAACGCACUUUACAUUUGAAAAACAAAUCUCAAAGUGCACAUCAUGAAUUCUGCAUAUUGUUAUUAUGUUAACUGUUAUAUUGUAUAUAUGUUUUGUAAAAUUGUUAACAUAAAUUCUAUCAUCAAAUCAGUUGUUGUCACUUUGUCACAGUCUUGUUCUUAAAAAAUCUAUUGUUACGACUUUUACUUAUCCAAUGAUGUAAUUAUGUAAUAUAAAAUACUUAGUUUUGCUAUUAGGAUAAUGCUGCUAUUAUUGUCCAUAGGAGGCAAAAAAAAAACCAAAAAAACUUUACAUGUGUAGAUAGGUGUGAUGCCACUGAAUAUUGUGAGUGGUUGAAAGUGAAAAAAUAUUCAGAAAUGACUGUUAUCUCACUUCAAAGGAAAAGCCAAUUUUUGGACAAAAUCACAAGGGUUUAGUGUAAAUGAGAUAACUGCAAUUGUGUAAAAACUGGGCAUGCAUAAAAAAUUUGGUUGUUACGACUUGUGGACUUAUUCAAGCCUCUAACUAUGUCAUAUGGAAUAUUCAAAUUAGACUUUUGUUUUAUAUAUAUAUAUAUACAGCAUAGUUACUUUUGCUAUUAGGAUAAUGCUGCUAUUAUAGUCCGUAGGGGGCAUUAAAAAAAUUUUAAAAAUUAAAAACUAUAUAUGUGUGGAUAGGUCUGAUGCCACUGAACAUUUUGAGUGGUUGAAAGUGAAAAAAUAUUCAGAAAUGACUUGGUUAUCACAUUUCAAAGGAAAAGCCAUUUUUUGGACAAAAUCACAAGAGUUUAGAGUAAAUGACAGCAUGCCAUGGCAGCCCUGAGGCACAGCGACAUUGUGGGACAUGUCCAGCUGGGAAGAGGAGGCUUUGGCCUCACAGCAAGCAAGCCAAUGUGGCGUAAGGCCUCAACAUCAGAAAGAAGGAAAAUGGUGGUGGAGGAGGUGCGCCGCCAGGAGGAGGCUCAAAGAACUGCCAAGGCUGUCUCUCUGGCCAAGCAGGGACAAUGGACGAGGUGGGAAGGCCUGGAGAAGAGAAAGCUCGACUGGAGGGAUCUCUGGGGAAUGGAGGCAAGCAACAUCAGCUUCAUCAUCAGAGCUACUAAUGAUGUUCUCCCAUCUCCAAAAAACCUUCACCAAUGGUAUGGCGAAGAUCCAACCUGUGCCCUCUGCCCAACUCCUGCAACUCUCAAACACAUCCUGACCGGUUGUAAGACCAGCCUCACACAAGGCCGCUACACCUGGAGGCACAACCAGGUCCUCAAGAGGUUGGCAGCAGUGCUUGAAAGCAAGAGAAAUGCCAUCAACUCUUUGCCCUUCAAAGCCAUCACUUCCAUCACAGCACCAUCAGCAUUCAUCCGAGAGGGACAGAAAAAGCCCAACAAUCCUCCUGCCAAGCCAGAAGUUGGACAGCUAUCUAUGGCCCGCGAUUGGAAGAUGCUGGUUGACAUUGGCCAGCGAUUAAUCUUCCCUGCAGAGAUUGCAGCCACCACCCUAAGACCAGACGUGGUAAUCUGGUCCCCUUCACUGAAGUCCGUAUACAUCACAGAGCUCACAGUCCCAUGGGAAAGUUCAGUGGAAGAGGCCUAUGAGCGCAAGAAGCUGCGCUAUACAGAACUGGCGGCAGAUGCGCAACAGCGAGGAUGGAAAGCCAAGGUCUAUCCCAUGGAGGUUGGAUGUAGAGGGUUUGUGGCUUCUUCCACCAUCAGGCUGCUGAAAGACUUGGGUAUCCAUGGGCAGGCCCUUCGGCAGACAAUUAGAUCAAUCUCUGAAGCAGCCGAAAGAAGCAGCCAGUGGAUCUGGAUGAAGAGGAAGGACUCUUGCUGGGCUCAUAGAUCAUAGACCCCCCCCUCCUUUUCCCUCACUAAUCUCUUCCACACCUGCACAACAUCUGAUUGGGCAUGGGACACAAGCGCGGGCGUGAUCAACCUGUCGCUGGCCACCAUCGAUGAGGGUGUUUAGUGAUCAAAGGCCGAAACACCCCAUGAUUCGAUGGAGCACUACUGAUGAUGUGUCCCAAAAUUGACAUCUUCCCAUCCCUGAGGGACAGUUCCCUGCUACUCUCAAAAAACCUCAUGUGCGUACCAUCCAUUGGCACAAUGGACAGAAUACCAUCACGUCCAGUGUUUCAUGAAUCUUAAAUGAGAAAACUGCAAAUGUGUAAAAACUGGGCAUGCAUAAAAAAAUCGGUUGUUAUGACUUAAAGACUUAUUCAAGCCUCUAACUAUGUGAUAUGUAAUAUUCAAAUUAGACUUUUGUUUUUUAUAUAUAUACAGCAUAACUAGUUUUGCUAUUCGGAUAAUGCUACUAUUAUUGUCCAUAGGGGGCAUUGAAAAAUUAAAAAAAAAUAAAAAACUUUAUAUGUGUAGAUAGGUCUGAUGGCACUGAACAUUUUGAGUGGUUGAAAGUGAAAAAAUAUUCAGAAAUGACUAAGUUAUCACACUUCAAAGGAAAAGCCAUUUUUUGGACAAAAUCACAAGAAUUUAGUCAAAAUAAAAUAACGCCCAUGGGUUAAAGACAGUUUCUCGUGCUUACUUUGUUAUCGCUGUAUUCGCGGCCAUUUUUAACAGUUUUGAUUUCUAAUGAGGUGGAAAAUUUGACAAAACACCGGGCACACGAAGAGGGCAAUAAGCCGAGUAUAGCGCUCUCCGGCAGGGGGUGUGGGUGGGCGACAAGCCGCCGGUUGUCGGCAGAGUGGCAUUCCCGGUGGACAAGGGGCAUUGUCAGCCACAAAAUGCAAGCCACUUCUGUAUUAAAACGUGUGCCAUAAUCCCAGUUUUUGACAUAAUAUAAAACACUGUUUACCAUACCUGUCAACCAGAGGCCAUUGACAAUCUUACAAAUAGUGACGUGUGCCCUUACAAAUUGGUGACUAAUCUAACAACGUUUUGUAUAGUGCACAAUAUGAAACAAAAAUAAAAUAAUUAUGAAUUAAUUGGCUAUAUUGUCACAUCCAUAACCUGGUGCAAUCAAAGAACAAUCAACAUCUUCAGCUACAUCAUCAUUACUAAAAUUUAACAGUGACUUUUGUUAUAACUGUAUGUAGUACUUUUGGCAAUUUCUAUCAUGUGUUUUGAUGGCUGCACUUCAGUUUGACUUGAAGGUAGUUCGAUAGUGUGUCCAUUUAUAAAUCAAAAAGGUCAAUUGACAAAAUUUCCUUACCGAUGCAAUCUUUGAGUCGGGGAACAUUUUUUUUUUUUUUUUUGCUAAUUCUGAGAAGUGAUCAGCAGUAGUUGCUGGCAAAUUGUGUUUGGCAACAAAUUGGCAGAAUAAAAUCUCCUCUUUCGUCACUUUUCAUUCUGCAGAAUGUAUCUUUAUGACCGGUGUUGUUAAUCUUUCUUUUAAAAAGUAAUUAAUUAGUUACAAAUUACUUCUCCCAAAAAGUAAUUGAGUUAGUAGCUCAGUUACCUGAAUGUAAGAGUAAUUAGUUACUUUGCAAAGUAACUGAUUUGACCUUUUUUCUCAUUAAAAAAAAAAAAAAAAAACUUACACACAUUCGAAUUCGUCCUAAACCCGAGACUGGGGCCGGAAGGCAUUCUAGUUCAUGGCGCGGGAUUCAAAAAUCGAAUAUAUUAAACGAUCGCUUCCACACACAUCCAAGGAGUCCAUUUCAUUCAAGAGCAUAAAACACUGCGUGAAAUAUGAAAUAAACAUGCUUUUUGGCGUCAUACGCACUUUCAGUCUCGUCUCCUUCCCGUCUUUUUGUUUCCCGUCACCGAUGAUGACGCUUUGUUUUUGCCAUAAAAUUUCCAGUUGACGAAACAGCGCACAUUUGCAGACAAACAUCACCGUUCUGCUUAAUUGCGCGUGAGUGCGUCGCGGAUGUAUUAAUUACUUUUGCCAUUUGCUACUGAUUGUCUUUGCGAGCCACUGAUAGUUUUUUAAUUACAUUUUGCGUGGUGUCUGCCGCGAGAUGAAAUGGCAAGACCCUCGCCAAUAAGAAAUCUGCACGCGAGGAUCGUUUGACAUUUUCUCCUAAUAAGGCUGCUUAGUAUACGCGCAUCCUUUGCAUUUUAUAUCAAAGCAAAGGUUAUUAACGAAAUGAUAAGAAGCCUGUUCGGGCAUGAAUGUCGAUGGAAGAAAUGAGACAACACGCGUUGUCUUUAACAUCCGCAUUAGCACAGAUUGGACAAAAGUGCUACAAAUGAAGCUUUCCUGUUGUAUUUAUCUAUAGCUUCCAUUCCUAUUAGUGGUUUGACACCUCUGCGCGCAGCUAUUAGUGCCCCAUUCAUUUAUUUUUAAGGCUAAAUGUCAACUUACGCCCCCUCUUUGUUGCCACUUUGAAGUUUUUCUGCAUAGUAUGGAUAAUAUCACAGUAGCAUAAGCGGAUCUGGUGGUCGAAAAGUGUCAUUGCAUGUACAGUGAGGCAAAUAAGUAUUUAGUCAACCACUAAUUGUGCAAGUUCUCCCAUUUGAAAA